AACUUCCUUGAAGCGGAUCGGCGCUCAGACAGAAGCUACUGGUCGCAGCGCUCAGACUCGCUGCGCCAAAAGACGCGUCCAGCGGCGUGUGAGAAGCUUUUAAGGUGGAACAUGAUCGGGAGACACUGAGUGAGAAGACAUGAAUGCUGGAGUUACUUUCUUCCCUGACACAUCUGCAUAGAUCUUCCCUUCACCUCUCCAGACUCGUCCUGUGACAGCAUGCAUCCCAGCGAACCCGACCCUCCCCCGGACCCCCAGCACCUGGAGGCCCAGUUGGACUUCUUCCAUAAGCUCGGGUACUCCACAGCUCAGGUUCAGGCCGUUCAGCUGCAGUUCGGCCACAACAUGGACACAGAUAAAGUUCUGGGGGAGCUGGUUAGGAUCGGGGCAAGUCGGGAGGUCCGUCGGGAGGCCAAGCAGGUGACCACGAUGUCGGUGCUGGUGCCCAGAGGGGAUGCCGUCCAGGCUGUGGGCCCCACCCUGCUGCUGCCUUUUCCUGUAUCAUCUCCUCAGAGCAGAGAGGAGAGUGGUGAGGAUGAAGACGCUCUCAGACCCAUUGUUAUCGAUGGGAGCAACGUGGCCAUGAGCCAUGGGAACAAGGAAGUCUUCUCUUGUCUGGGAAUCCAGUUGACAGUGAACUUCUUCCUGGACAGAGGCCACACUGAAAUCACAGUGUUUGUUCCCUCAUGGAGGAAGGAGCAGCCCAGGCCAGAUGUUCCCAUCACGGAUCAGCACAUUCUGAGAGACCUGGAGAGGAGGAAGAUCUUGGUGUUCACGCCGUCGCGACGAGUCGCAGGCAAACGGGUGGUCUGCAACGACGACUGUUUCAUUGUCAAGCUGGCCUACGAGUCUGACGGCAUCAUCGUGUCCAACGACACCUACCGAGACCUUCAGGGAGAGAAGCCGAAGUGGAAGCGCUUCAUCGAGGAGAGGCUGCUCAUGUACUCCUUUGCUAACGACAAGUUUAUGCCUCCUGAUGAUCCUCUGGGUCGCCAUGGACCGACCCUGGAGAACUUCCUGCGGAGGUUUCCGAAGACUCAGAAAAAGCAGCCAUGUCCUUAUGGAAAGAAAUGUACGUAUGGAAUCAAAUGUAAAUUCCACCAUCCGGAGCGAGCCAAACAGUCCAAUCGCUUGGUUGCAGAUGAGCUUCGGGAGAACGCGAAGCACCCUUCCACUGCUCAGAAACAAUCUUCAGUUCACUCCGGUCCUGUGCUUGGACAAAGCCUCUCGUUGGUGGAGGACAUAGCAAACAAACUGACCGUGGGACAUGAGAGUGGCUCCUUAAAGAAAGAUCAUAAACAUGAACAUGUAGCUCAGGUGAAGGCAGGUCACCGCUCCAGCAAGAGAGCCACAUCUAGAAAGGAGAAGACCAGCCAGCCCUCGUCUUCUGACCACGGCUCAGUGCGGCGUAGUGGCUCUCAGGAGCAGCUGGACUCCGGUUUAGGCUCCAUAGACAGUCAGCCAGUGGAGGCUCCUCGGAGUGAUCACCAGUAUGGGGUGACAUAUAGGAGCUCUCAGCAUGCAAGACAGCAGUAUUGCCCUCCUAGAAGUGCACCGUGCAGCUGCUGCUCACUUGGCCCUUCCUCUCAGGGGACCACACCAGCGGUCCAGCACCACAACCAGCAUUACAGCCUCGGGCCUGUCAGCAGCCACAGCUCUGAUACGACCCCCUACAGCUCGCCUCGUUACGCCAGCUAUGGUACAUACCCAGUCAGCAUGCCUGCGUACAGUCAGCCGACAGAUUUCCAACACAGCAGAGUCCACAGCCGCCAGCAGCAGCAGUACUGGUCCGAUCUGUUCGGGGCUCAUCCUCCAGCGGCCCGCAGCCUGCCGGGGGAGCGCUCGCAGUGGGAGCCUCCUCAGGGGGCACACCCAAGUCCCAGCAAGGGGGGUGAGAGAGAGGUUGUCAGGAAGAAGCUCCUCGCUAUCUUCAGUGCCCACUUGGUGGACACAGCCAUGGACAUGUUUCCUCAGCUGAUGGAUCCACAGUUGCUGGUUGCUGAGAUCCUCAUGCUGCAGAGUCAGAACAGGUCCCUGAGAUGAGAUGAAGUCCAGGGCCCGUCUGAACCCUCGUCUUUCAGUGGAAAGACUGAAAAGGCUGCAGAAGCCAAGAUAAACAUGAGUUUAUUUUGUAUUGUGGUAUCCACCUUGCUAUAAACUGUAGUAGAAUAUAUUUUGGAACUAUGUUUUAAGUUGCCACAGUUAACUGGAUAAAAUAAGAGCCAGUAUGCAGUUGAUACAAAUUGUAUCUUUAUUUAAAAAUGUAAAAGGACAAAGUGGAUUUUAAUGCAGCGGUAAUGCCCUCACGCUUUUAAGGUUUACCACUGUUCUGCCAUCCAAUCUGCUUUUAUCAUGCCUGUUGAUGCUGUCAUGGACGUGUUUAAUUAUAUGUUCAGUGUGGCGUGGUUGAGAAGAACACAAAAAUGUCUGUGUGUCAUAUUGGCACUGUGCACUGUGCUUUCACAGCCAACUAUUGCAAAGGGUUGGGCAAUUAUUAACCAGUUUCAACCCUUCAAUAAAGUUGUCACGAUGAAACAAAAGAGUUGAAAUAUUGUGAUUAGGCAAUAUUUAAGAGGUUCAAGUAAUAAUCUCAGAGAAAAGGAGAUUUGAAACUGCUCCCAGUUUAUUUAAUGUGUUUUUGCCUUCGUUAUUGUGAUUCUUUGGACAUAUUGAGAAAUAAGAUGCUUUGAAAUAGUUUUUUGGAUGAAAACAUGUCUGUCAGUAGAGCUUCAGGGGACAGUUCAUAGUGUGUGUCAGUGUUUCAUUUAUAGUUCAUUCAUAGUUUUUACAUGAGGGUGAAUUUUCUGAUGGUCGACUGAGAAUGACAAACCUGGAUUGUUUUCAUUGUGAUAGCAAUGAAUGUCAUGGUUGUGAUAUAGAAAUAAACGUUUGUAAUUACA